UGACGUUGAAGCCCACAGGGCUAAGGCUAGACGGCCCAGAGGCUGCCGUGUCGUGGCCGUGGCCCAGUAUAAAGCGUGUCAGCCCUCCUGUCUCCAUUUGUAUCAUUGUAUGCCGGUGCGUGGACGGAAAUUAGGGGCGGGGAUCAUUGUAUCAGUGCGUAGUGCGUUUUAUUUCUGUCUUUCUGAGCUCCCUCUCGCUCGGCCGGCAGCCGGCUAUACAAACGGCGAGGUGCUCCACUUGACCCGACCGGGGACUUGGGAUUUUCCCUUUCCCAUUUGGCCAUUUCCCACUAGUCUGCUGCCCUCAAACCACACCCAUAAAGCACCUCUGCGCUGCCAUGGCGGAAAAUCGCAACCUCACGCCGACCUGGGUCACCACGGCCGGCUUCGGCUUCCUCACGCUCAACUCCGGCCUCGCCAUCUACAGCGCUAGGGGCGACCCCGCCUCCGUCCUCUUCGUCGUCGGCUCGUACCUCGCCCUGCUCCUCCUCUUCCGCUGCCUCCGCGCCUACGAGCGCGCGCCGCCCGGGUCCCCGAAGAAGGAGCGGGCGAGGCGCGCCGUGUGGCCGCUCACCACGCUGCUCACGGCGGCGUUCGCGUGGAAGGUCGCCGGCGUCGUGCCGUGGCCUGUCACGAUAGGCGUCUGGGGCGCGGCCGCUGCUACCUCUGCGGGUGGCUUUGUCCUCAUGUUUGGUCAGCAGCGUCGCCUCUGACGAACACUUCAUCUGCAUGCAAGUAGUAAGAUGCCCCUCGAUUGAUCGAUAAGUAUCUUGCUUGUUGUCUUGUUGCUGUAUGAGCUAGCAGCAUGAUCUCGUCUCCAGUCUCCUGUUUGGUGAAGAUUUAGGUACGUAAAGUAUGUAGUGCGGAGUUAUGGGCGAUCCACAAGGUGCACGGAAGAGUAAGAGUACACGGAUGGUGAUGGAGACCGCGUCGGUCGAGCCAAGCGGGAUAGAGGCGAGUUGAGCAGGCGGCCUGGGAGCCAGGAGCGAAAGACUUGGAGGUGUCGAAGGCUUGGCGGAGACUAGACACAUGUCGACAUUGGUGAGUGACGUCGGGUGCGGCGUGCAUGAGGGUUUGACCGGUUUGGCCUCAAAACCGGGGAUGAGUCACGCCUGCGGG